GAAGCAAAGUAGAGGACGAGCUUAACUAUAGGUAAUCUCAUUGCUGUCGAAGAAGCUCGCCAAAUUCUAAGCUUUUUUUUAUCUUCUGAUCGAUUCAAAAUGAGAGGAUAGAAAGAAAUUCGUUGGAUCGUAGGGAUUAGUUUGAGUUCUGGUUUUUUUCUCAACUUAAACUCUGCUUCCCUGAUCAGUUUUGGUCUGAUUUUCCUAUUUGAAAUGGAGACGGUCCGCUGUGAAGUUUGCGGACGAAGCUUCCCGAGUACUAGAUCGCUUGCAGUGCACACGAGGUCUCAUGCUGUGCUGAAAUCUGAGGAGGAGCCAAUGUGUACGUAUGGACUUAGAGAGAAUCCGAGAAAAUCAUGGAGGUUGAAGGAGAAAGAGAGGGAUAUGCUUUGUAAUAAUUGCGGGGAAGGAUUCGGUUCAUGGAGUUCUUUUUUUAAGCAUACGAAAUGUCAUUCUGAGACGAGAAGAGAUGUUCUUAGCGUGGAGGUUGAUGAAGAUGAUGAGGAGGAUGAGGAAUUCGAGGAAAAAGAGGAGGAUUUACAGAGUAAUGAAAGUUAUGAAGAGGGAGAAGAUGGAAUGCAGAGCGAAUCUGAAAGCCAAGUUACUGCAGUUGUUUUUCCGGCUAGAGAGCGGAGGAAGAGGAGGAGAUCACCGGAUUUAUCGCCGGAAGAUGAGAAUGAGAUAAAGUUGGGUGCUUUUUGUCUGCUGAUGCUAUCAAGAGGCACCGAGUCUGUUACAAAUUCGUCUGAUAAAGUUUCAAUUGUAAUAGAAGAGGAGGUGGAGAAGCAGAGAAACAAUUCAGGUUUCACAGCAUCCGAUUUUGAAAUGAAUGAGCUAAAAAAUGUUCAAUCUUUUCAAAAAUAUGAUUUUGGAAUGAAUGAGCUCAAAAAGGUCCAAUCUUUUCAGACUGAAUCUGAGUUUUCCCAUAAACUAAAGAAGUCAAAGGCCUCUCCCGAUAAGAAGCAUCUCAAUCCUGUUGUUGCAGGGCUUGGAAAGAGAAGCACAUAUAAUUGUACGUUAUGCAACAAGAGCUUUCAUUCUUACCAAGCUCUUGGAGGUCACAUGGCAAGCCAUAAGAAGAUCACAGAUAGUUCCUUAUCUGAAAUUCAAGGAACUGGAGAACUCAAAAUUCAGAAUCAAAGAUCAAAGACUACUAAGAACAGCCAUAUGUGCUCAAUUUGUGGCAGAAUUUUUGCAUCUGGUCAAGCUCUUGGUGGUCAUAAGAGAUCACACUUGGUUCCAGCAAACAAUGCUGCUUUUGCUGAUGCUGUUCAAGCUUCACCUGCAGUAAUUGAGAUAGAACAGAAGAGUUCUAUCCUUGAUUCACUUGAUCUCAACCUUCCUGCUCUUGAUGAUGAAAUUUAUGAUAAUUCUAGUGGAAGUAUUGAAGAUUGCGUCUGAGGCAUUUGAAAUUUACGUAGUCUCAUGCGAAAUCUGUUCGAAUUCUCCUUUGAAUUUGAAUCGGCUAUUCAUUCAUUUCAUCCUCAGUUCAGGACAUUUGAGGUGUUCUUACAGAAAUGAUCCAGUGAAGUAGCUGAUUACUCGAUUAAGAAGCUAAAUUGCUGCUGCACAUUCUUGUUACUGCUAAUCUGUUCUUUAAUUCGAAUUUUAUAUUAUUUUUUCUUAGAAACAGGAAGU